AUGGACUUGAAUGUUCAGAUCAUCUCAAGAGAAACCAUCCAACCUUCUUCUCCAACACCAUCUCACCUAAAAAUAUAUAAGCUCUCUCUUUUUGACCAGUUAGCUCCUCCUGUUUAUGCACCUAUUAUUCUCUUUUACUCACCAACUGAUGAAAAUGAUUCCAGCAAAAGAUCUAAUCAUCUUAAAAAGUCCUUGUCGAAAACAUUAACCAAAUUCUACCCAUUUGCCGGACGCGUCAAAGAUGGUUUCUCAAUAGAGUGUAAUGAUCGUGGUGCCAUAUUUAUUGAAGCUCUUGUUGAUUGUGAUAUGUCCAUGGUCCUUAAACAACCAGAAAUUGAUCAGCUUCAACAGCUACUACCUGAAGUCAGUUCUGAUCAGACGCUCCUAGCCGUCCAGGUCAAUUACUUUGGUUGCGGCGGCAUAGCGGUGAGUGUUUGCAUUAGGCAUGUGAUUGGCGAUGCCUCAGCAGCAGCACAUUUUGUUAAAACCUGGGCCGCCAUUGCAUGUGGUGAAAAUAUUAAUAUUGAUGAUGCGAUUUUAGAUUGCACCUCUUUAUUCCCUCCACAAAAUUUCUUCGGCUUCUCAAAGAAUAUCAGCAAAAACCAUGAUUUGUUACUUAACGUUGCAAUGAAAAGGUUCUUGUUUGAUGGCUCCAAAAUAGCCGCUCUGAGAUCAAAAAUAGGGAAGAUUGGUCCGAGUCUGGAUCAUCCAACGCGUGUUGAGGCCGUCUCAGCACUCAUUUGGAGUGCUGUGAUAGCAAUAGCUACAGAAAGAGACAAGACUAUGCCGAUGCAUGUGGCAGCAACUGCUGUAAAUUUGCGAAAGAGAUUGAAUCCACCGUUGCCGCAACAAAGUAUUGGUAACAUCUCAAGGACAAUGGCAAAUUGGUUGAUGGGGAAGACUACAAACUACAAUGAUUUAGCAGAAAAAAUUCAUGAAUCCAUAAAGAAGAUGAACAAUGAGUAUAUAAGGGAGCUUCAUGAAGGUGGUGGGUACUUGAAUAUAAUGAGAAAAUUAAGACUACAACUUGGAAAGAGUUCAAACAUAAAGGUAUUUGGUUUCAGUAGUUGGUGUAGAUUUCCUUUUUAUGAAGCUGAUUUUGGGUGGGGGAAGCCCAUUUGGUUAAGCACGGCUCUGAAACUUAACAAAGUUGCUAUAUUCUUGGACACGAGUGAUGGAAAGGGAAUAGAAGCAUGGGUGGGAUUGUCCAAAGAGAACAUGGAUAAAUUUGAACAAGACCCUGAUAUCCUUGCUUAUGCUUCUUUCAUUCCAAGCAUUUGA